AUGGCUGCGAUCCUGCGUUGAUGUAGAAGCACCAUAUUCGUACUUAGCAGUUUUGUGUUCACUUUAUAUCAGUGUUUGUUCAGUAUUUUACUUGAAACUACGAAAUUAAUCGUAAAAAUAACAAAACUAAAUUAUUUUAUAAUUAUCAGUGCCGAUCAGUGACGUUUUUCAAUAUUUAUUGUGACAAGUUCGGCAACCUGUUGUUCUGGAACAGUGUUUACGUCUUUCAAGUGGAGAACUUUUUCGAUUUUAGGGACUUGUUGGUUUAGAAUAAUAUUGUAGUUGUUUUGAGAGUUUGUGAUUGAGAUAACAAUGCGAUAUUGUUGGUUGUCGCGAUGUUUAGUUGUUGGAGAUGCUGUAAAGUUUGAGGACGCGAUGUGAAGGUUGGUUAGAGUAAAUGAUGUCCAAACUACAGACUAGAGGUUAUUGUAGAAGUUGUUGUCGAGAUAUUAGAGUAAAAUGAGGGGUGAAUUAAAGGUUUCCUAGAGAUGUGAGUCAAGUUAGGUUAGUGUGAGGGUGUGUGAGAGUUGAUAGUCGGUGAUUGCAAAGUUUGGAAACUGGCGUCGUAUCCUUUGGGCGAGUGCGUCGCGGACCCCUCCGAGGGGGGCAACCGAGGUGCUCCCGGGGGGGUUUGCGGUCUUAUGCAACGUCCCGGGACGCAAGGCGACGUUCUGCCUCCCAAGCGCCAAGCGGUCGUUGACAGAUUGCGUCGGAGAAUCGAAAACUAUCGCCGACAUAGCAGUGGUUGUGUACCGAAAUUUGACCAGACUUUCAACAGUCUGGUGGAGCAGAACUUUCAGGACACUCUAGUGUUGAAGCAGCGUUUUUUGGAGAACAAGGCGAAACGGGCCGCUAAGAAAACCGACAAGAAAACGCCUGAGAACAACCUCCAGAGCAAUGCUCAUCCUGUUUCUAAAUUGAUGAGCGCCAAACGGCCGGCAGACGAACCGCCGCAACCGCCCCAACAACCCCAACCGCCUCCGACGUCCUCGGCCUCCUCGACCGCCUCCGGGGGGGCCGAAGGCCUCACAAAGUUCUCGGUGGAGAUAGUGCAGCAGUUGGAGUUCACGACCUGUUCUAGCAGCUCGCAGAUCUCGACCAAUGUGACCGUGAAGGCGCUCAACACUUCGGUCAAGUCUGCACAGGCCAACCCGCCUUCAAGCAGGCCGGCGGCCACGCCUGAGCCGCCGCAUCAUCAUCAUAGUCAGCAUCAACAGAGUGGCCACCAGCAAGGAUCACCGAUGGUGGUGUCGUGUAAACAGGAGCUGGACGAGUAUCCCGAGUUCGUGGACCUUGACCAGUGUGCGGCCGCCUUGGAGAAAGAUGCCGCCGCCAAUGGACACACGUUCACAUCCUUCAGCGACCUCAUUGGAGACGACACCUCCGAUGCUAUCAUCACCUCUGAUACCUUCAAGGACCUGAUCAACGAGAUCUCAGACUACCCGUCAGAGUUCAUGAAGGACUUCGCCGACUAUGACGGCGGGGUGGGGGUGGACAUCAAGCCUCACAUCCCCUCCUCACCCCUGGACGAGCUCGCCUCCUCAGUCCGCAACUCCUCCUCCUAUGGAGUGGGGGGAGGGGCAGGUGGAGGAGCAGGUCUACCAACCGAACUGAGUCCGGCAGCUCACACCCUGAAGCAGAUGGCAGAGCAUCAUCAGCACAAGGCUCAGAUGGGCAUGGGUUUUGGGGCCUCGGCUCCACCCCCAAGGGGCAAGCCCCAGCCCCCUGGUGGGGCGCCGGUACCGCAGCCACCCACUAUCAAGCAGGAGGUUAUGUACGGCAGCCCGGGAGGCAGCAUACCUCCAACCCCGCCCACCCCUGGCCGGCCGAUGGGCGGCUACUCGCCGUACGGAGGCAGUCCAAGGGGCGGUCAACAAGGGGGUGCAGGGGGCGGGGCCCCGCCUCCACGUCCGUCUUCAGGCCCCACCCCUCCCACGCCCCAGCAGCAGCAGGGGGGCGCAACUACCCUGCAAAUCAGUCAGGCACAACAGCUGCAUAUUACCAAUCAGGGACAACCCAUACAGGUUUCAAUGGCGCAAAACAUGUCAACCGACGUGAAACAGCAGGCAUCCAGUGUUUCGGUGGCUGCCCACCAGGGGCUCUUCUUCUCCCAACACCCCCACCAUUCCCACCCCAGUCCAGGCUCCCCCUCACCCUCAAACCCUACUUCCCACCCUCCUCAGCCUGCUCCUCCUCCUCCUCACUCGUCCUCGUCCUCCUCCUCUGUUCCUCCCCCUCCUAAUUCUAGUUCGUCGAGUUCGUUCUGUGGUUCGACGGGUGCGGCCGUGUCGCAGUCGCAGACGAUCAACUUCACGCAGCAGACGAUGCGACUGAGGCCGACCGCCAAUCUGCUCAGGGCGCAGCCUAUGAUGACGCAGCAACAACCACAAGUACGACCCCCACCUCCCGACUACCAGUCACAGAUGCACUCGAUGCUAUCGAAUGGCAUGGCGGGGCAUCGGCCGCCCCAACCGCAACCUCAUCCGCAUCUGUCCCAACCGCAGCCGCAUCUGCCGCAGUCGCAACCGCAUCUGUCGCAAACGCAACCGCACCAUGGCAUGCCGCAGAUGCGGUUUGCGUCCGCACCUUUGUUGCAGCAGCGGCGUAUGAGUCAGCAGCCUAUGCCUCCUUCAGGUCCAAUGAUGCGGCCGCAGCAGAUGCCGACCUCAGUGGGUCCAGGGUUCCACAUGAGCCAGCAACAGCAGGUCUACCAAUCGCAGCAGCAGUCGCAACAGCUGAACAGGGCACAACAGCUGGCUCAGCUGAUUGACUCGCCAGCUGAGUGGCGACAACAUCAGAUCAUGAUGGCACAACAUCAACAACAACAGCAGCAGCAGCAACAACCAAGGCCGCAACAAACAUUCCACCAAGCACAGGGCGUGAGCUUCAGCGGGGGCGGUCUCCAGUUGUCGGCUGCACAGGAACAGGUGUUGCCGCCCCACUCUGUCGCCUCCGGCCUCCCCCGGGGGCAGCAGCUAGCCAUGCAGCACAGCAUGCCGCCCCACAUGUCACUAAACCUAAACAUGACACAGCAGCAACAUGUUGGGGGGCAGCAGUUUGGCCCCGGCAACAAGAUGCAGCAACAUGCUGGGGGGCAGUUCGGAUCCGCCGCCCCCGGCCCCAACAAGUCGCAGCAACAUGUUGGGGGGCAGCAGUUUGCCCCCGGAAACAAGACACAGCAACAUCUUGGGGGGCAGCAGUUUGCCCCUGGCAACAAGACGCAGCAACAUGUUGGGGGGCAGCAGUUUGGCGCCGCCCCCGGCCCCAAUAGGACCCAGCAACAUGUUGUAAUGCAGCAGCAGCAUUUGACGGCGCAUUUCGGAGGCGGUGGGGCGGGACAGUUUGGAGGUUAUGUGCCCAACAGUACGGGCAGUGGGUUUCAGGCUGGUGCUACUAUGUCUGCAGCCGCCUUCCAGUCGUCAUCGAUGUCAUCAGGAGGAGGGGUGCAGACCACCACCUCCUCCUCCUCUUCCUCCUCAUCGCAACACAACCCCUCCUCCUCCUCGGCCUCCUCCUACGGGCCUCCUCAGCUGCCCAGCGACCUGAACCUGGACUUCUUGGAGCAACUGCCGUCGGACUCCUCCCAGAUGGACCUCCUCAACUCGCUCGAGUCGGCCGGCGCCUCCUUCAAUCUGCACGAUAUCUUGUGAAUUUGAUCAUGCUGGAAUACAAUCAAUUCGUCAAAAAGGACUGGUUCCAACUGGUGAAAUUAGCAAUUAUCAGCAGAGAUUUUGCUGGCAAUCCCGGGUUGGCAUCUCAGUUUGUGAGUUUCAAAUCAGUAUUGUCUAGUGAAAUUAUAUUGAAUGAACUCUAUUGGAGAAACCAAGGUUGAUCUAGUAUUUAUAUGAUAGCAGGUUCUUGAAUUUAUCAACCUUAGGAUUUACCAAAGGUUGAUGGGAGGUUCUAUAUUUUAAACUUGGGAUUUGAACUAGAGGUUAAUCAUGGAGUGAACCAACAAUUAUUUUGUAGAUACGAACACAUAAUAUCAAUGAACAACUUAAAAGACAGUUAUGUCAUUGUACAUAGUUUAUUUUCCAGAUACUGUGAUUUAUUUUAUGACAUUUUUGUAUACACCAUGUAUUGAAUAUUUUAUGUGAGAAAGAUUAAAGUUUUAUAUAUUUUGUAAAGAUCUUAAUAAGAAGUAUAUAGAGAUAUUUGUGGAGAUAUCGUGAAAAAUUGUCACUGUUUGGUUGUAUCUUUUAACUAUGUGUUUUUCUAUAUUUGCUAGAUAUUUUUAAAUCAAGGAUGUAAUUUUAUAAAUUAUUUAUUUUAUUAUGAAAUCAAUUGAUAUUUUUAAAGAUAUUGAUCCCUUGAAGGUCAUCUCUCAUUUCUAUAGUUAAUCACAAGCUAUUAGGAAGUUUUGAAUUUAUUUGACACAUUUUAAGAUCUCAGAAUCUGUUUUAAAAGCUGUCGUUUACUAACGAUACAAUCCUUGAACGUUGAGUCGUUCUCUGAUGAAUUUAUUAAUCAAAUAACUAAAAUAUUUAUUUAUUUAUUAACAAACAAUAGUGUCAGUAUCCAAUAUUGUUUUUUUAUGUGUUGGAUCAAAUUAUUAAUAUUGCAAUAUUAGUUUAUUUAUGUCUGAACUUAUUUCCAUCAGCGAAGGAACUUGAAUUAUAAAUUAUUUUUUGAAGAAUUGAUAAAUUGUUCAACCUGUUAGCUGAUGGAUAUUUUUCCUCAAUUUUAAUCUAUUUAAAAUUACUGAUACUGUGUUCAUCAUUUCAUCAUUGUGCCAUUGAUUUAAACUUAUUUAUUUAAAACACCCACUUUUAAAUCUUACUUAAUUUAUAUUCUCGACAAAACAACCAAUUUAUUUAUCAUAUAUAUUUAUUUAUUUGACAAUUUUUUACGGUACUUGCAAUUUUUUAAGUCUAGCCAGUUGCAUAUUGUUACUCAAACACAACUCAGGAUCUCAGAACUUGAAAAAAUUGUCUUCUUUAUUAAAAUUACUUCCAAUAUAUUAAGUGAUUUUCGUUAUCUUUUAAUUUAUUAUAUUUUAAUAGGUUGACUUUUAUUCUUGCUGUAGACUCUUCAGUAUAUAUAAUUCUAUUUAUUGUAUUUUAAUUUUUAAACAUUUAUCCUUGAAUAUGUUUCAAUUUGAAAUUUGUAUUUCGUUUGGAAAUCUUUCCAUGAAAAUAUCAUGAACAAAUCACCAAAAUCACGUCAAUUUGUAAUAUUUCCUGGAGAAAAGAUAUUAUAAUUAGUUGUUCAAUCCAAUCAAUAUACAGUCUAUACAGGUUUUGUGUUUUAAUCUUGGACCAAUUAUUUAUAUUUUAUAUAAAUAAUAAAAUAUAUAAUCAUAAAAUAUUUAUAUUUUCAAUGUUUCCCUAAUUGUGUUCACAUUUUAAACUGCUAUUUUUUUAAAUUGUAUUGAAAGUCUAAGCUUUUACUCGAUACAGAAUUCCACUUCAUUCCAUUUUUUGUCAACAUUCAUGAUUUUCUGUAAUAUUAGGGUUAAGGUAUUUAUUGAAAUCAAUUUGAUUAUAUUACUUCGUGUUAUUUUAAAUGAAUGGAUUUUUUAAUUUUUCAUUUAGUUAUUUGUUAUCCAAAUCGAACUCUUGGUACGAUGUAUGAUUGUAUUUAUAAUAUUUUAAUGAAGAAAAUAGUUAUUCAAUUAGAAUUUUUUGACUUUGGUUGUAUCAAACAAGUUAAUUAUGAAAGAGUCUAUCAUAGUUUUGACUUUCAAAUUCUUUCCCUAAAAUUUUAGUAAAGUACGCCAAUUUCAAAAACUCCCUAAAAUUUUAGUAAAUUACCCCAAUUUAAAAAACAACAAUUCUAAAACUCCCUAAAAUUUUAGUAAAGUACCCCAAUUUAAAAAACAAUUCUAAAACUCCCUAAAAUUUUAUUAAAGUACCCCAAUUUAAAAAAAACAACAAUUCUAAAAAAUCUAUUGAUGGAAAACUCUAUUGUGCUUCCAUGUAUACGCUUUCCAUUUUAUUUGAAAUUUUCCUGUCUCUCAGAAUAAUUGAAAAUAUUGUACAUUAGAAAAUCUAAUCUUAAUCAUUUUCCAUGUAUUAGAGAAGAGCUGUAUAAAGAUAAUAGAACCAAUUAAUAUAAAUCCAUUGAAUUUUGUAUGAAAGAAUAAUAUUAAUAAUUGAUGAUUUUGUUCAGUCAUAUCAUGAAAGUAUACGAGAAUUGAGAAUAUAGAUGAACUAGCCAUGAAAACAAAAAAACAGCAUGACCAUCCAAUUAUUUUAAUUUUAUCAUCGAUUGCUAGAGAUGAAGAUCAAUAAUAUAUUUAGGAAAGUCUAUUUUUACCACUAGUCCUCAAAUAUAAAUUUCAUUCAAAUAAUUUAUGAAGUGAAUAAAUUUUAUACUAUUUAUAAAUAUAAAAUAAUUUAUAUUCUUCCUAUUGACAUUAUUCCUUAUGAAUAAUUUUAACGAGAACCACCUAAGUUUAAAGUUUUUAAUCCUUUUAAAAGUCACUAUUGGCAUCAACUACAAACACUGCCCUGUAGUUAAUUAAAUUUGGUAAUUUGUUUCUCAAAUAUUACUCAAAAGCGAAUCUCAUGUUUUUAUAAUAAUUAAAUGUAAAGAUCUCUCCCAAUCACAAUAGUUCAAAUUGUGAUAUUUUCUAUCGUUUUAAUGUGUUGACAUCUAUUUAUUGGUUAAAUUUAAGAUACAUAAUUUAAAUCCAUUGAUAUUAAGAGUAUAUUGUACAUUAAUUGUAUGAAGGAAUUGAAUGUUCUGCCAUAAAUUUAGUUUUUAGGAUAUAUAAUGUAAUUACACAGCGUGUAAAUCAGUUUAUUUUGUCGAUAAAUGUUUGUUUUCAGAUAUUUUUUAUUACAUGACCAAUUUGUUAUUUGUUAAUUAUAGUUGAUCUAUUAUUGAUACAAUGUUAUUGUAACAUCUUAACCACCAAUGAAAUUUCAAAUUAUUGUAUUAUAUUUAAAUUUAGAGAAACUGUUGAGCCGAAGAGACUAGAUUGCUAGGGACUGAGGAAAUAAUUUUGAAAAAAUAUUAAGUUGAAUUAUGUGCAAUUGAAUCAAACUUUUAUGAAUAUUGUUGUCUUUCUGUAUCAUUUUCAGUAUUCAUAUUGAUUUUUAAUAUAACUGAUAACAAAUUAAUUAUUUACAAAUUUUCUUGGAAAUAUUCAAAACUGGAUCAGACAAGUUCAUUUAAAUGCUUUACCUAACUAAAUAGAAUUUAAUAGAUAGUAUUGAUUUUGAAAAAACCUAACUGCCGGUUGUACAAAAGCUGGUUAAAUUUUAAUCGUGAUUAAUUUCACGAGAACCAAUCAGAGAAGCCUUCUUUUCGAAUAAGUCUUCUCUGAUUGGUUCUUGUGAAAUUAAUCAUGAUUCAAAAUUAGCUGGCUUUUGUGCAACCGGGCCUGAGUGUUGAAAUACCUGUAAGAUUUACAUUAAACGCCAAAUGACUGGACAAAGAGUAAUAUUUGAAAACGUAACCGGCAAAAUCCAGUCAUUUUAUUUUAUAACUUAUAACCAGUUAUAGGCCUAUAACUUAUUUUAUCAGUUAUUGUAACUGAAAACUUUUGAAAUGACAGACAAUCUCUAGUUCUCAAUUUUAAUUAAACUAAACUCAAAAUUUCCAUUCUCAACAAAAUCAAACGCAUCUAGCUUUCUUUGGCUCUUGUAAUAAACUGAUUUUACCUGUAUUAUAUUAGAACAAAAUCAGUAGAUAAUCAAUCACCAUGAGAUAAUGAAUAAUAUGGAGAAAUGUAGAUCUCUAGACUCGAGACAUUAGCUAUAACGAUUUUUAUGAGAUUUUGUAAAUUAUUAUGAUGACGAUUAUGAUUAAUAUCAUAAUCAGGUACAGUGAAUAGAUUAGUCAGAUUAUUUUGCCAGUUAUGAUGAUCAUUAUUUUAUAUUGCAAUAUUUGAGAGAGCGAUGAGAUAUGAAAACUAAUUAUACCUAUAUAUAUCUAUA